CCCUAAUCCUCUCCCUCCCCCUCGAGCCGCCAUGACGCCUCCCUUCCGGCCGUCCCCUUCCUCCGCCGCCCCCGCCCCUCGCGGCUGCGGCGGCGACCGCUGCGCCUCCGGCCGCGACGCCUGGCCCCUCCACCACGUCCGCCACGACGGCGUGUUCUGCCGCCUCUGCUCCUCCUGCGUCCUCCAGUACCACCCAGCCGCCUUCUGCUCGGCCUGCCUCUUCCUCCUCCCCGCCGACGACCAGCAGCCCCUCCUCGAACCGCCCUUCGCCCCUCCAGGCCCCACCACCCCCUGCACCACCUGCGCCGUCUCCGUCGCCCACCUCUCCUGCGUCCCCGACCCGGCCUCCUUCGUCUGCCCGCCGUGCGCCGCCGCCGCCGAGGACAGGACCUUCUCCCACACGCCCGCCGCAGUCGGCCGCCGCGUGCUGGACGAGCGCGCCGCGCGCGUCCUCCUCGUCGCGGCGCGGCUCGCGCACGAGUCCGUCGGGCGCGCCGCGGCUGCCGCCCGCGAGGAGGCCGAGCGCUGCGUCAUGGAGGCCGCCAUCGCGCGGAAGCGCUCGCGGGAGAUGCUCGACGCGGCCUUCCGGGCGCUCGAGGAGGAGGCCAGGGCCGCCAAGAAGAAGGAGGAGGAGGACAGGGUAGCCCAGAUCAAGAAAGAGGAGGAGGCCAAGACCAAGAAGGAGAAGCUCGCGGCCCACCCGCCCAAGAAGAAGACCCCCAAGAGCAGCGAGGCCAACCGGGACAGGGACAAGAUGCUCAAGUUCAAUGCCAUGCAGCAGCCUACGCCGCUGGCGUUCGCCGCAGCAGCGGCCGCCGCAGCCAGCUCAAUGUCACGGUCCACGCCAUCUCCCAGGGAGGACAAGAAUCCCGUGAAACUUGAGCCGCAAGGUGGUGCGGACAAGGUCGCCGAUGAUGAUGUGAAGCCGUUGUUCGGAACAUUGCAAUCAUAGCAUUGGGGGUAUCACAAUCACCCAUCUGUUUGCUCUGCUUCCAUGUGUUUGUUGUAGCUAAGCAACCGACGAGGAAUUGUCGUGAUUCUGUGGUAGUACAGGCUUGCUUGAGUUAAGUGAAUCCCCAUUUCGGAACCUCCUUGCCGUAAAUUCUAGAUGAUCCUCUUAUUUAUGUAGCUGCUUCGCCUCAUGUGUUCCUAUUUGUUAUUACUUCAUUGGAUGGUAAAUGAUAAUUACUUGCACCCAGUGUUCAAACCUGUAGAUUGAGAAAACAUGGUGACAAUACUUUUCCCUGUUUUGGAAACCUAAGCAGUUGAAGCAUUAUUCUUCCUUUC